AUGCCCGAAACUGAAUUUCAUUGUACAAUGAGAUAUGACCCUACCAGAGACCCUGAGCUAGAGAAACAGUGGUUAGAACAGACCAAAGAACUGGAAAUACCCUUAAACUCUGAGUAUUUAGUAGUGGGACCAAAGGGGGCAGCCUUACAAAUUGAAGAAAAUAGGUUUAUCCAAAAAUGGUUUAGGAUAGAUAAUUCAACUCCACAUGUUACUUUAUACAUAAGUGAGGGAUGUCGACCUGAGGACUUAGGACCAAUGAUGUUACAUGCAAAAGGGAAAGCAUGGGAGGCCACAGAAAACCCAUUUAUCUUUCAAACUACAGAUAUGAUGUAUCUUAAAAUCCUCUGUCAGACUAAAAUGAAAGGAAUACCAAAAAUGAUAGUGGAAACUAGGGAAAUGAAAAAAGAAUUGAAUUCCAAAUUGGAUGAAUUGAUGAUGGAAAUGGAACAAAGAGUACCACAAAAAUUGUGGUCCAAACAUGAUACAGAUGUAGGUUUAGUAAAAUCUGCCAAUCCAGUAAGAAUUAAGACAAAGCCAGGUGUUCAGUUACCCAGAAAACAACAAUACCCACUCAAGCCUGAAGCAGUGGAAGGGAUUAGGAAAACAAUUGAAGGGUUAAUUAAAGCAGGGGUGUUAAUUGAAACAGUUAGCUAUUGUAACACACCCAUUUUACCUGUUGAGAAAGCCAAUAAGUCAAAGUGGAGGUUAGUCCAUGACCUAAGGGCAGUGAAUGAGGUAGUGGAAGACUGGCCUGCUGAGGUCCCAAACCCACACACGUUGUUGACGAAUGUUCCACCUGCUGCUAAUUAUUUCACAGUUAUUGAUCUCUGUUCUGCGUUUUUCAGCGUUCCUCUAGCGGAAGAGAGCAGACACCUUUUUUCCUUCACUUACCAAGCACCUGAUGGAUCCUUUACCAAAGCCAUGAAGAAGCUAAAGAGUCUGAGAACAGAAGUCACUGAAAAUGCUGGAAGAGACAGAAAAAUUGGAGAGUGGUUUGACUCUCUUUUUGGCUCAUGGAAAGAAUGGCUGGUAAAGGUGGGAGUAAUAAUAGCAGUUGCUCUUGGAAUUUUUGUGCUGUUGUUUUGUUGUGUGUUACCUUUUCUCAGAUCAACGAUGGCGGGUGCAGCAGCCAAGCAGAUGGUGAAUGUGUCUGUAAAACAAUCUGGGGUUGACAUUGGAUGCACCACGACAACUGGAGUGUAUCCAAUAGGUCCAGGCCUCGAUGAGCUGGACGAAUUCCCAUAAAGAAACCCUUAACUGGGAAAAAUGGAAGGGGUGCCACUUUUUUAUUUUUGACCCUGAAUUUAAUGCUGUUUUUGAUAGAGAGGGAGGUAGGCAAGAACAUGUAUUUUCUUUUGGGGCAAAAACUCAAGUAAGCAUUUUAGACAAUGGGUAGAGUAGGCAGUUAGUAAGUGGAUGUUUUGUUUGUUAUUUUGGCAUAAACCCCCUUCCGAUUUUUAUUUUUAUUUUUGUUUUUCCAUUAUUAUAAAUACCUACACACUAUUAAAUAUCACUUUAAGAAUGAGAGGGGACGAAUGAGGGUCAGAAGCAGGCCAUCAUCCGGCACAAAGCCAAGCGUAGAAAAAAAACAAACAAAAAAAAAACCCACAAAAAAAGUGGCGCUUGGUUGACCGAGGGAUGAUGCAACCCGAUUACAGGGAAAAGAAUAUGAAGGCCUUUUUACUAUUUUUAUUAUUUUUAUUUAACCAAUGAAAGCUCACUUUUGAAUGUAAUGUGCACUCACUUAUCCAUUGAGAAUCCUAUUGGUGACUGGAGGAAGGAUCGACAAGCACCUCAGUGCUUAGCAGCAAGGGCUGACUCUACUGGUGGUUUAAAAACCCGCUGUCAGUCCCAACUCCAGAUAGUACCCUAGGCAGGUCCAGGUACCUCUGGCAACGGUGGAGCAGUCCAGAUAGCGCUCCAGGCCACCGGAAGCGCCUGAGAGUUCCUCUGGCAUCGUGGGACUAUAUAUACAUAUAUGUGCAUUAUACUACUGCCAUUAUCCUAUUACUGUAUAAUGUAAUCACUGAAGUGCAUUGAUCUACUGAUAUAACCAAAGCUUGUGAAUCAAUUAAAAUGUGAAGAAGUAUCCCCCUAAAAGAAGGUUUUAGGUAGGGAGAUGGGAUCUUUUACUCCUCUCUAGCCAAACAAAGGGGGGAGAUGUUUGGUCUCAUUCUCCUCUGGAGUGUGUCCCCAUGGGAAAGUCACUUGGUAGAAAAAGAUGGGUGACUAUUCUUGGUCACUAAGAAAGAAGAAGGAAACAGGCUCACCUAUGAGGACAUGCUCUGGGAUAAGGGCAUAGAAGUGGGGCUAAAGAGAGCCCCAAAGGGGGAUGUGUUGGGAAAAUUCAUUGAUUAUUAACGUAUUACCAGUAGAGAAUAGCUUGCAUGAAAAGCACUGGAAAGUACCGGGUUUUCUGUACUAAGAGCAUCAAGCGUAAAUGAAAUAUAAGUGUAUUCAAAGCAAAUUACAGUAGCAAGCUGUGGAAGGCACCAAAGAAACCAUUAAAGCAUGUUUUUAAAAAUAUAGCAAUUACAGUAGCAAGCUGUGGAAGGCACCAAAGAAACCAUUAAAGCAUGUUUUUAAAAAAUAUAGCGGCUGGCGAUCCGCCACCAUUAAAAUCAAAGCUGAGGAGUAUUCAUAGAUAACAGUGGCAAAACGCCAGGGUGGAGUUAAAAGAAAAAGAUAACUAGAGGAAUCCUAAUUGGAUCUGUAACGAUAAGAGAAACAUAUAAAACGAGCUGAUUAACGUUGUUUAGAUCAGAUGUGAUGCCUGAUGAGAAGCUGACAUCUCACUUUGUUGCCUGGCAAUAAAGAAUAUCUUUUGAAGACCUGGAACUUCUGACUCUGAGAGCUUUUUUGAGAAGGAAACAGAAUCAUCUUAGGACACUGCAGACUGGCCAC